AAGACCGUCGAAAUCACAUCCAGACCGUAGAAGAGCUUGGCGUAUAUUUGUUAAAUCCGCGCAAAGCAUUUAUGAGUUGGUUCAGGCAACAAUUGUGCUAGAAGACAUGGUUAAGACAGGGUACUUGAAAAAUGCAUGGUGGUACUGGUCUUCCCUUUCAGCGGCUGCUAAAAUAUCGACUCUCUCGGCGUUAUCCGUCCGUAUUUUCUCCCUUGAUGCAGCUAUUAUGUACGAUAAACUCAUAACUCCAUCAGAUCCCAUGGAUGAAACAAAGCCGAUCAUCAGCUUACCAGACGAGAAGUCGCAACCGGUUUCAGAUUCACAAGAAAGAAGCAGCAGAGCAAACAGGCGAUCUGGUAAGAAGAGGAAAGAACCCGAGGUGUCAUAGUAACUUAUUUGAACCCACCGGAAAAGCUCAGCGGGCACAGCCUCGUGAGAAUGUAAGCCGGAAAUGUGGAUUUUGUUUUUUUGUUUUUUCCGGUGAAGUCAAAGUGGAGCCAAUGUGUAUGUUGUAGAUAUAGGCAAUGCUUCUUCUAUCUAUGUCUGGAAGCGGACCUGUAAGUUGCGGAUGUUUUUGGUGGUUCAUCAUGACAUGAGAGGCCUAAGUCCGGUUCAUGGAAUGGAACGGCGGUUCAAGAGGUGAAUGAGCUUGAGAGAGUAUGUGUACACAUAAUAUGUAGAAGAAGACUGACUAAUGUGGAAUUAAUUAGUAUCAAAAGUCGCUUUUUAGGCAUUAACUGAUGUUAGAACGGAAACACUUCAAUUCUUUAUAAAUCUCUCUAUCUCUUUAAUGGAGAGGGCUUUCUGAAGAA